UUUCUUGCUCGUUAUUUGAAGUUGUUCAUUUAUCGUUAGUAGUCUAUUUUCCGGUAAAAGCAUAUGCUUAUUAUUCAUACUUUCUCAAAUAUUUACUCUGCUACAGCCAUUGAAUCUGUCUUUGAGCGUCAAUGGACGUUAAUGGCUAGCUUGGUCCACGACGUUAUGUUGUUAUAUUUUUCAAUCUUGAAAUACAAGGGCACAUGUUAUUAAUCCGUGACUGAAAUUUCGCGCUAGGUGAAAUUCACUUCCGGACUUGGUGGCGGCUCAAAGCGUUGUAGAACGCCCCUCUGAAUAACGGGGAGUGAUUUUGGCUUAACUGCGUUGGGGAAAAGAAAGUCGCGUUAGGAAACCCCUACUCUGUGCAGUGCGCGUGUGCAAUAGCUCAAUUCGCCUUUGCACAACUUCUAAACGCGAUUUAAAAAAAACUUUAAAUAUACAAAACUUAAUCCACUCUUCAUAACAGAUUGUAGUUUUGGGAACAGAAAACUGUAUUGAGAUCAAAUGAUUCAUCAAUGAGCAGAAUAUCGGACAAAAUCCAUCUCGUUCCACCUUCUCCCACUUCAUCAAACGCCAAUGUGAGCAAGCAACUGAGCAUGCCGUUUGUGGAAUUCAUAGCAGGAUGCCUCUCAGGAGCAGUAGGGUUGGCUUUUGGUCAUCCAAUGGACACAGUGAAGGUGCGUCUGCAGACCCAGGUUAAAUACAAGGGGAUUUGUGACUGUGUGGCUAGGACAUACACUCGUGAAGGGAUCCCUGGGUUCUUCAAGGGCAUGACAUUUCCUGUCCUGACUACUGGCAUCACCAACGCUGUGGUCUUUGGUUCCUAUAGCAAUGCUUUAGACUGCCUCACCCAGUCCCAACGGAAUGACCGAAUCCAAGGCAACCCUGCCUCGGCAUCAGCAGUCUUCGCAGCUGGCUGUUUCUCAGGUCUGGCACAGGUGGUGGUUACUGCGCCUGUUGACCUGGUGAAGGUACGCUUGCAGUCCCAGACCAAGGGCUGGGCUGGGGUCGGUGGUGACGGGUAUCGAGGUCCCAUUCACUGUGUGACUGUCAUCCUGAGGGAGGAGGGGCCAAGGGGAUUGUUUCGAGGGGGGUUGGCUCUUACCCUGAGAGAUGUACCCUGCUAUGGAAUCUACUUCUUGCCUUACGAAAUCACCUGCAGGUUUCUGACUGAAGAAGGCAAACGACCAGGCACAUUUGCAGUAUUGAUGGCGGGUGGGGUGGCAGGCGUGGUGACGUGGGCCUUUGCCACGCCCAUGGAUGUGAUGAAAGCGCGGCUGCAGAUGUCCGGUGCUGGGGGCCGGGUGUACCAGGGGGUCCUGCACUGCAUGAGUGUGAGUCUGAAGGAGGAGGGGGUGAGAGUGUUCUUUAAGGGUCUCCUCCUGAACAGCCUGAGGGCCUUCCCUGUCAACGCCAUCACCUUCCUCAGCUAUGAGAGCCUGCUGCGUUUCCUCACCCGGCCGUCUGCAGACUGACCACAAGACUAUAUGCAUCUCCUGGAUACACUCCAAAUGAUGGAAAGAAUAGCAACAUUGGAUGGACAAACCAUUAUGUUAAAUGAACUGGUAUAUACAGUAUACCUUAGCAUGCUAUACUCAGAAUUGUAUCUGCUAAACUGGAGUUUCACACUGUGUUAUCCUCAAUGUGGGCACUCACAGGGUUCAUGAUGCUGUUUUAGUAGGACGCAGUGCUGUGAUAUCAUAGGGCGUCACCAUACUUAUGGAUGCAAACUGUCAUACAGCAUCACCUCUUACAGAGCUAUGAUACCAUCAGUAUUUUAUGUCAUGAGA